CAGUAACUGGAUAUCAUCUACCCAUACGCGCAGAAAACCUAAUGCCUUUACCGGGUUAUAAUGGCAUGCUCUCAUUAAAACCUUCAAAUCAAUGAAAAUGACCGUCAAACGGAUGUAGAGCAGAUGUAUUGUUGACAGUACUGAGUGACAUAUUGUUUUACGGUAAUUAGUACCAGUAUUUAUUUUUGCGCAAGGUAGAGAGCAACAGACGACACACCAACUGUCGCUUGAAACAUCCUUAGUUCGGAAUGGCAUGCUGUUACAUACAAUCUCGGUAUUUGAUUGAUCAACAUCAUUAAAAUGAUUGACUUUUGAGAGGGGCCGGUAUUAAAGAAUGCAUUCAUCAAUUAUUGACUGGAGACAUAAUGUGCAAUGGCAAAAUAAUCGACUUUGAUUAUCAUUAAAUUGGAAUAACUGCUGUGUUUUUGUUUAGUCAGGCAUGCAUUUGCAAGAAUGCAAAACAUCAUGUCUUUAACAGGAAAAUUCUCGAGAUUGGCCACAUUAUCAUGUUGAAACUGGAAUUUAGGUGUGCUAUUCACUGUUUGCAUAUAUAGUAAUCUGGUGAUGAAGAAUCAAUCAGAAACACUGCUUUGAGGUAAAUUUACUAUAAUGGAUGCUAGUUAGGAUGACAGAGGACAGGUAAAAUCAAUUGAUCCGCCGACAUACUGAAAGGGACAUUGGUAUUGGUGAUAUUAGAAAUUGUAAUGGUUGUCAUCACAAAAGCCCACCCUCAAAAAAUAGAUGUUAACCAUACAUUUCAAAAUGUCAGUCAAUAAUGGAGAACUGGCGAACAACGUUCAUGAUAAGAAACUUAAAGAUGGCGGAAUAAUUCUUGGCAGUCCGGAAAUUAUACGAUUGAAAUUUACACCAAAACAAAAUAGCCUUCCAAUCAGUGUCGAGAGUGUGAACCCACUUCUCGACAAUUUGGAAGACCGGAAGUUUCCUAAAUUCCGGACAACUCUUUCCGAGCCGAAUAUCUUCGUAACCCCGGCACCGUCAACCGAAACAAGCCCAGAACAUGUGAUAGUUUUUCCUAAAGGAUCAAAUAGUCUGAUCCAAGUUAACCAACUCUAUGGGAAAUACAAGAAAAAGUCGUCACAGGAUUUUUCGAAUCCCGCUUUUGAGCCUGACGACGGAUUGGCGGAGGAUCACCACUUUACUGACAUAGUGGAACACGUUCUGAGACAGCCCCUAAAUGGAAGAUAUGUUCAUCCAUACGGACAAGGAAAUUUAUACAAGGCCAUUUUGGUCGGCGAGAAAACCAAACUACCUCAAAGCGCUGGAAAACUUGUAUUCUGGACAGUCUUUCUACUGAUGAUGGUGGGAAUAGCUUGCUCAAUCAUUCUUCUGGCUGAAACCUAUAAAUCGGACCAGUCUUUGCUGUCCUCAUCAAAUAAUACUACGAAGCGGCGGUGACGAGAUUUCUGCACAAGGGCAGUCACACCCGUGAAAAAUCUUGUCUAUCGACGCCAACGUGAUCCGAUCAAGUGACGCUGAGCUUACAGUUUGAAACUUACAGGAAUAAUACACAUGCACAAAAAUGAGGUGGAAUAUGAAGUAUAUGAUGGUGCAUUUCUCAGCAAAAGGAUCAAAUCAACACUCCGUGAGACGUUCAGACGUACGUUUCAACGUAACGUACGUACAUACAGAUAAAGGAAGGACCAAUAUACUUGUACUCGAUAUCUUUGCAUAAGAGGAGACUUUUUUGUCUGUAACACGUGUUCAAUUUAUUGUUAAAGGAAAAGGCAAUGCUUCCUCUAUUUUCCUAAAAGAUCUUGAUAAUUUCUAUGGAAUUGCCAAUUCUUAAUUAUGAAUUCGUUCCGAAUCUGUGUUAUAGAAAAAUUUGCUGUUAUAUAUUUUUUUUAAUGUUACAAUAUUAUAGUUCCCCGAUCUCUGAUGAUGUUGAGUGCACUGUAAAAAUCAAGUGCACUUACAUCAAUUGUACAAGCAUAUCAUUUGUUGGAUCUCUUAUACUAUUUAUUUUUUUUCAUAUAAAAUAAAAUUAUUGGAGAAAUUGUA